GCUGCUUCGGUUCAAAAGACCCAGGUUUCUGACAUGAUUCGACUAGUCUCCUUCAUUCGAGCUUUACUCAGUUCCAAAUUCAAUCCAGUAGCCUUGGAUUGCUUCGAUUUUAUCGCAGAGGAAAAGGAAGAAAGCUGCUUCGUUCUGUUGUUGCCAAGAAAUUUCCUAGAUUGAUUGAUGAUCAUGUAGAGCUACACUUAGAUUUUGAUAAAAUGAGUGUUUCUCUUUCUGUAAUGACCUUCAAUCUUCACGGAGAUCAGCUAGAAGAUAGUCCAAACUCAUGGGAGAAAAGGAGAGAUUUAUGCAUAAGCGUCAUUACCAGCUAUUCUCCCAUGAUCCUCUGCACUCAGCAAGGUCUAAAGUCUCAGUUGGAGUUUCUUCAGCAGGGUUUACCAGGUUAUGGCCAAUUUGGAAUUUCAAGAAAAGGAUCCCAUGACCCUUCAGACGAGCACUGCACCAUCUUCUAUGACAAGGAGAAGGUUGACUUGCUAGAAGGGGGAACUUUUUGGUUAUCAGAGUCACCGUCUGUUCCAGGAAGCACAUCAUGGGGGUCUGCAGUUCCAUGUAUUGCAACUUGGGUGACAUUUCAACUCAAAGGAGUUGAGCCACCAGGUUUUUCCUUCCAGAUAGUAAAUACUAACAUGGAUGAGUUUAGCUCUCGUGCCCGUAGAAGAAGUGCUUUGCUUACAUGGCAGCAUAUAGCAUCCUUACCUCCUACCUUGCCAGUUGUAUACUGUGGAGGAUUCAACACUCAGAAGGAAUCAACUACAGGUCGUUUCCUGCUUGGUACUUCAAGAUGCAAGUGCAAACAUUUGGACUCAAAUGUUGUUUAUGUCGGGAAUGAUGAUUGCUGCCAUCUCUUCUCGCUACUUGACUGCAGAGAGCAUGGCGUUGUAGGUGAUAUGAGGGAUGCAUGGCCUAACGCUCGGGUGAGGAAAAAUGCUUCACUUAUACGCACUUUCCAUGGAUUCAAAGGUGACAAACAGGGAACUCUUGAAUUCCUCAAGUUGAUACUUAGAGCACUUUGCCUCUGCUGGGACCGGCAAACUCAGGAUCUACAUGUGGAUUGGGUUCUGUACAGAGGGCGAUCUCUAAUUCCUGUUUCCUGUGAGGUGGUGAAUGACAACAUUGAUGGAUUUUAUCCAUCAUCUCACUAUCCAAUAUUUGCCGAGUUUAUGCUUCCUCGUAAUGUGAGGCUUCUUGGCGUUCCUGCUCAAGAAAGAAGCUAGGCUUUGGCCCCUUAAUUUCCCCCUUUUAUUCUACUCCUUUUUUGCCUUCAAAAUAUAAUGCGAAUGCUGCUUGUGAUAUAAGCUGUUUCAAUCUGUUAUUUUCCUGAUGCUUUAUGUGUUAAAAUACAAAUAGAAAUUUCAUAAUUUUAGAAGGGUCUCAGAGGAGUGAAAAGGGAUGGUGUUCCAAAAAAUGGGAAUACCCAGUGACUAUA